AUGACACUCAUCUUGAUCACCGGUUUGAACGGUUUCAUCGCACUUCACAUAGCUCGGCGUUUCCUUGAAGCUGGUCAUAAGGUCAGAGGAACCGUCCGAUCUAAAGGGAAAGGAGAUCUGGUCUUAUCUCUUCCCGCAUUGAGCGAGUACGCACAGAAUGGCAAGCUUGGGUAUGUGAUAGUACCAGAUCUUAUUAAGGGUGAUUAUGAAGAAGCCAUGAAGGAUGUUGAGGUUGUUAUCCAUGCUGCUUCACCUGUGAACAUGUCAAAUGAUCAAACUUGGGAACAGAUCCGUGAUCCCGCAGUGGAAGGUACCAAAACGGUACAUAGAGCAGCUGCUAAAGCUGGUGUCAAACAUGUUAUCCAAAUCUCUUCUUUCGCGAGUAUGUCAGACUGGCUAGUACCUUGGUCGGAACAAGACGGAAGGGUAUACGACGAAACUUGUUGGAAUCCAAUCACCGAUGAACAAGCUAAGAAUUUGGAAACUUUACGUCCAGAUCUCCCAAGUCGUUGGGGAGGAAUCAGGUAUUGCGCCUCUAAGAAGUUUUCAGAACUUGCAGCGAUGGAAGAACAUUUUCUUUCGGGAAAAUCUUAUAAGCUUUCUAUUCUAUGUCCACCCACCAACCUUGGUCCUAGUCUACCUCAAGUCAUAGUGGACGUCAUAACCCCACCUACUCAACAAGGUUUCUCCGUAUCAAAGAUAACCGAUCUUUUAGUCGGUUAUGAUAAACCUAUAGUUCCUGCGGCGCUUAAUAAUUAUGUUGAUGUACGUGAUCUUGCCGAGGCGACUUUUAAGGUGGUGGAGAAGGGUCAUGAAGGACGUUUAGGUAUAAGAGCAGGAUAUUACGACCAUCAACUCGUUGCUGAUCAUAUACGUAACCUCAUCCCUGAAUUAGAAAAACAACAUCGUAUACCUCUAGGUAAUCCAGGUCAAUACGUUUCUGUCACUGGUCCGAAAGUGACUUUAGACGCUAGUAAAGCCACUCGGGAAUUAAGUAUGACUUAUCGCGAGUUUGACGAAACGGUUCGUGAUGCCGUACAAAGUGUUUUGAAUUAUGAAGCCGUUCAUGGUCAUCUUUAG